CCUGCCACCCAAACACUUAGUUCCCUCAAAGUUGACAAUUCCAUUGUAAACUCUUGUGUUUGAAACCAAACCAAUUUGCUAGCUAGCUAGCUAUAUAAAGACCAACUCCCCUAUCUUCAUUUCACAAAUCCAACCACUCAUCAACCUUAGCAUUUGGCAAAUGAAUAUGUCUUCUUCAAGGCAGUUCAUCUUCUCCCUCUUCUUGAUCUUCUUCUUCCUCCAUGCCAACUCCAUUUCAUCAUCUCCUACUCCUCAACAACACAAAAUUAGAGUGAAGAAGGCCAUAACCCCAUGCCAAACUCUAGACUUCUACUUCCAUGACAUAAUAUACAACGGUCAAAACUCCCACAAUGCCACUUCCGCCAUUGUGGGAGCACCGUCCUGGGCCAACCGGACCAUCUUAGCGGACCAAGGCCACUUCGGAGACGUGGUCGUGUUCAACGACCCGAUCACGUUGGACAACAACCUCCACUCGAAGCCCGUGGGGUGGGCCCAGGGGUUUUAUCUGUAUGACAGGAAGGACGUGUUCACUGCAUGGCUAGGGUUCACUUGUAGCUUCAACACCACCAAGCAUAGGGGUACCAUUAACUUUGCUGGAGCUGACCCUUUAUUGAACAAGACCAGGGACAUUUCGGUCAUUGGUGGGACUGGGGAUUUCUUCAUGGCUCGAGGCUUUGCCACUUUGAUGACCGAUGCAUUUGAGGGUGCAGUGUACUUCAGACUCCGCGUGCUUGUUAAAUUGUACGAGUGUUGGAAAUAAUUAAUUUCUCAUAUAUAUUUUCAAAACAAAAAAAAAACCCAUAGUUUUCUUUUUCUAUGGAGUUUUAUUUUACUAUAUGAAAAAAAACCAUAGUUUUCAUUUUCUAUUGAGUUUUAUUUUACUAUAUGAUUUGUGUAUUUACUGUAUGCUCUACAUCAUCUCACGUUUUUACUUGCAUGUUUAGUCACACAGACAAAUUAUUGUGUCAGUGUGAAUAAAAAAUAAUUUUGUGCAAGUAAAAUAUGGGGUAGUAGUAUAUAUAUAAUGAUCAUGUAGAGUGCAAAAUAAUCUUCUUCGUUUUUAUCGAGUCAUCUCUGUUGGUUGAAAUGUUUUGGUUUAUACUACUAUCAAAUGCGGAGUACAUGGAAAUAUGACAUGUAUACAUAUAGUGUGUUUCUUUUUUAUUUGUUUUGUUUUUCCACUUCAAUUUGCAUAAUAAAGUUCGAACACUUUA